AUGGCGGGACCUUGGCCCGUCUCCCGCACUGCUAGUUCUAGCUCGUCGUCCUCACAGGAAUCCACGACGCUGUCGAACAUAGCCUCAGCGUCCUCGUUGCCGGCGACGAGAAGUGCAACACCGUCGAGCAGCGCAUCUUCCCCAGUCGGUAGGGUCAAGAGGUCUAUCACUGGUGAUAUCCUCGUUAUGACAUGGUCGCGACCGAAGGACGUCCCUGAGUACAUUCAUUAUACCGACGAAGGGCGAAAAGCAUACUGCAAUGUCUGCCAAAAGCAGAUUCGCAUGGAGGUGCACUGGUGGAAGGACACCGGUGUAGGUGCACACCUGGGAAGAUGGAGGCACCGCACGAACGAGCGGCACUGGCUCGCAAAGGAGGAUAUUCGCAAAGCGCAACAAGCAUGGGCAGCUAAAGGCGUGUCCGAUCACAAGAACCCAACUUACCUGCAGCGGGCUGCAUGA